AUGCAGCAACCUGAACCCCCGCAGACAGCUCAGCAGACAACAGAAAUACCGGAUCCAGCAGUCCACUACCUGCGUCGGAGGAAGACGGCGCUCUGGGUGACGGUGUCUCUGCUGGCUCUGGCUCUGGUGGUGCUGACAGUGGGUCUGGUCUCUGCCACGCGCACCGACAACGUGCCUGUGGCUGGAUAUUACUCCGGCAUCACCCUGAGUUUUGGAGCGUUUUUGGGCAUUGUUGGCAUUCACCUGGUUGAAAACCGCCGACCUAUGCUGGUGGCAGCGAUCAUAUUCAUCAGUAUCGGAGUUGUCGCCUCUUUCUUCUGUGCCAUUGUGGACGGGAUCAUCGCGUCAGAGUUCAUUGACACAAGACCCUUGCAGGAGGACAUGUGUGACUUUUACGCCAGCGAAGCGGCUUACGCCUACGACAACUACUACACUGAGGUGACGUGUCGUUCCUUUAACAAAGCGUGUAAACUGAAGCUGAGGAGCAACACAUGCUACUGUUGCUACCUGUACAACUGUGCCAGCACGGAGUUCCACAACCAGUACUACGAGUUCACGGGGGUCAACAGCUGCUGGGACGUGAUCCACCUGCAGCGCCUGCUCUGGACCGCCGUGGUGCUCAACGUCUUCUGCCUGUUCCUGGGCAUCAUCACCGCCGCCGUGCUCGGGGCGUACAAGGACAUGCAGAAGCCCACUCCUCAGAUGGCUCCCAGCCCCGCACCACCCCCCCACAUCCUGUACAACCCCACGCAGCACAUGCUCACCUACGCAGGCUACUGCCCAUCGGGACAGACUCUGCCCGCUUACCCCAACUAUCCAAUCCCCAUGCAGCACAACAGCAGCUAUCAGCCCCCUGCCACUCCUCAGAUGGUCCCUGAGGGGGGGAAUGCCUCCACCCCCUGCCCGUCUGAGGAGAACCAGAGCCAGCCCCCCUCUCAGACCCCCAACCAGCCCCAGCCUCAGGGGGGCACCCAGGAACCAGGGGGCUACAUGCUGACCCCCAACGCUCCGGUCCUCUACGGCUCCGCCUACAACCCCUUUGAAAAACCCCCACCUUACGCCUGCUGAGCCCCCAGCCCAACACCUGGGGCCUGUUGGAGGAAAUAUAUCUAGACCUUGUCGGACUGAAAGUAGCACAAGACAUUUCAUAGAUGACCUUGGAGAGCAAACAGUGGGCUUCACUCUGUACUGAUACAUGUUUCUGUGUUCGCACUGAGGAGAUACAGAGGUAUGGCUAUGAAGUGUGAGUAUACAGACAUUAAGAUAUUUCAUGUGUUUUAAGGGAACUGUUUGGGAAAUAAUCUAAUUUGCUUUCUUGAAUAGAGUAAUAAGAUUGGUACACAUUUGUAUCUCUAGGUGAAAUGAAUCUUUAGCUUCAAAAUCAAACUGCUAACGGUGGCUAACAGUUAGUCUGGAUAUAAUGGAGAAAAUCACCCAAACAACACCUUUAAACCUCACCAACAAUUUUAUUUUUUAUCUUGUUAGCUUCAUCUUUACAAAAACGUUAUUGUAAAUUGGUGAUGUGCUUUUAUUGGGGAAGUUGGUGAAAUCAAAUAAAAACAAAAUGUCACACUUCUUUAAGCCUAGAGCUCCCAUGCUAACCUGUUUCAUAUGAAUAAUCGUAUCGUCGUACACUUGGAUCUGAUCUUGCUAACUUGUGUCGAUUGGACUACAGGUCUUAUUGUGUAUCGUCUCACUUAACUACUGUAUUAGUCAUUCAAAGGGCUUUCUUGAACUGGAGAGUAAAUGUUGACACUGACGUUGCUGUUAUUUAUGUUUUGUGUGAAUUGUGUAAUGUGCACUUUUAAAGUCAGUAUAAUGUAUUUAUUAUUGAUGAUGCAUGAUGUUAAACUGCUGUGGGAUGGGAUUGUGUAGCUGCUAUAAAUACAUAAUGUAUUAAAGAGGUACCUUUAAGAAAUAUUUAUUCACUGAUGCAUAAUGAAUGUGUAGUCAAUUGGAAUCUCUGAUAUAAGGGAAGUGUUAGAAAAUAGGAUUAUUCGUCUGCUUUCCGAGAGUUAAAUAGGACAUUUAUUUAUAUUCUAAUCUCUGGGCAAGAAAGUGAAUAAUUGUAUUUACCAAAAUGUCAAACAAAUUAUUUUAACCGUCACAUUUUUAGAAUCAUCAGUACAACUUUUAAUAGCAAAACCAGGUGUUUUCAUUGUAUUACUUCACCUUAAAGAGACUAUAUAUGUGAAUCAAACAAUUCUUCCUCAAAUAAAAAGUUUAAACCUUUGUUCGCAUUAAAUAAAACAUGUGUUUCAAUUGUCUGUUUUUCUUCAAAAACCACAAAACACUUUUUUUUUUGAAAAUACAAUUUUACUAUGAUGUUCAUACAACUGCUUUUAUUUUUGUUUAAAUAGCAUUUUCACUGUUGAGGGAGGUUAAAACUCAAAAGGCAGACUCCUCUCACCAUUGUACACAUACUGGCAGUUAGUGAAAGUGAAAAAUGAAAA